CCUCCCUUCUUCUUCUUCUUCUUCCUUCUCCAGCGCCAGACUCCCCUAGCAUUGCUAUUGUCUAACCAUCACGACUCCUGGGGUUCAUCCCUUGAGCCUCGCACCUCUCUCUACCUUGGUCUCGUCGUCGAACCCAAGUCCGUCCUUAGGCAUCCAAGCCCAUACUGCAGCAUGUACAUGCUGUUGCUCUCGGCAGUCUUACUCGCUGUUCUGCUCCAGCCCGUGGCAGCGUCAAGCCCGAUCAUGGAGUUAACACCGCCCGGCACUCCAUUGGAACUGCCGUUCCUCAACAUGGACGAGCUGUUCCUGUGCCAGCUCUGCGGUAUGCAGUACGAGCUCUGCUGGUGCAUAAUGCCACACUACGACGCAACAACGCUCAUCGCAGACCACGGUCUCGUCGACACCCCGCUGCCUGAACCCGGUGAGACCGAAGUGGACCUGGCGCCCGUGCAGCACUACGUCACUGGCGACCACCGACCACUUUUGAACGACGAAUACAUGCAAUACAUGGACGCCAAUGAGACGACGGUGCAGCCAAAUACAGUGCUCGCGCACAUUGGAGAAACGUAUACUCCUGGCGACCGCUCGUCGUCGCACCUGCCAAAGCCCAAGAAGCGACCACACAGGCGGCAAGCUCCUCGCCCUCGCGGCUUCGUCUGCAAUGCGUUUGGAUGUGAUGAAGCCUUCAACCGCCAAUGCGAUCUCAACCGCCAUCAAAGGACGAAUCACCAGAGUGAGCGGCCUCACGUAUGUCCGACCUGCAACAAGGGCUUUCUGUACCCGAAAGACCUUCGCAGACACGAGCGUCGCCACAGUGACCCAUCGGCGCCCAUGGCUACCUUUCACUGUGAACAUCCUGACUGUACCAACCUCGCUGGCUUCUCGCGCAAGGACAAUCUCCAGAGGCAUAGGCGAAACCAGCAUCGAGAGCAAUGACCGCUGCGCCACAGAGAGCCCCCACGCUCUUGGCUUUUGCAUCUACAUCGACUCGUUUUCCAUUUUUCCAAAAGUUCACGCUCUUCAUUGUUUCCUUUUUUUUAAUACGGUAACACCCUACUUUCAUGCUCAUUUUUGAUGGGCUUUCGCCAUGUGCAUGAGUGUUUGUCUUCUUCGGUAAUACCCUUCACCAAUGGUCAUAGCAAGCGCUGCUCAUUACCUUGGUCUCGCGUCGUCUUGCUUCGUUUCGUUAACCCCGGAGAACUCAUCCUGUCCCCUUGUCUCCCAACAUCAAGUUAACUGAUUGCGUAGCGCAGUUUUGGUAUGUUGCUUUGCAAAGGUUUGGUUUGCUAGCACAUCCUGAACAAAAUGCAACACAAUCU